AUGAGCGCUUACACCCGCCACCCAGUAGACAAGGUCGAACGACAAUCUCAUUCCCUUGAUUGGCGCGAUGUCACUUUUGAAGUCACCCGAAAGAGCCUCUUGGGCAAGAAGCUCGGUGUUAAGCGUAUCCUCAACAACGUGAGCGGCUCAGCCGCUCCUGGUGAAGUCGUUGCCAUCAUGGGCCCCUCCGGCUCUGGCAAAACGUCACUAUUAGACAUUCUGGCUGACCGUGUCUCGUCUGGCAAAAUCACCGGCGACAUUUUGCUCAACAAGAUUAGUCGUACACCGAUCUCCUUUCGGGCGGUAUCUGCGUACGUUGCCCAAGAAGACAGUCUGAUGGGUUCCUUCACCGUGCUCGAGACACUUCGCCAAAGUGCUCGUCUGGCUCUACCCAAACAAGUCAGUCACGACGAACGGGAACGCCGUGUUCAACAUGUCGUUGACAUAAUGGGUCUGCGUUCUUGUGAGAAUACUCUCAUUGGGGACGUUUUCCGCAAGGGCAUCUCUGGUGGCCAAAAGCGCCGUGUAAGCGCCGCGAUUGAGCUCCUAAAAUCACCGUCUGUUCUACUCCUAGAUGAGCCCACCUCUGGUCUGGACUCAGCGUCCGCCUACAACAUUAUGGAAUAUCUCAAGAACCUCGCUUCUGAGGACAAGUGCACAAUCGUCGUGACUAUUCAUCAGCCUAGUAGCGAUAUUUGGCUCUCGCUUAGCAAAGUGUGCUUCCUCGUACAAGGCAACAUUGUAUACUUCGGUCCGCCAGAUAAGGUGCCGGAGUACUUCGCUGCUGCUGGCUAUCCCGUACCCACCUUUACGAAUCCCGCUGAGCAUGUCAUGAAUCUAGUCAACACGGAUUUCCCUGGUCAUGGCGACGUCCCAGGACUCGUCGACCACUAUAACACCGUGGCCAACCAAGGAGGAGCAUCACGUACGUCGGAUGAUCUUGACAGCGUCCCUCGCUUGAAUGACAGUGAGAUUUGGGCGACUGUCCGACCGAGCAAACUACAGCAAUUCAUCACCCUCCUGGUGAGGAACUUCCAAAAUAACGUGAGAAACCCAGGCAUCUACUGGGUUCGUCUGGUCAUGUAUGUUAUUCUCUCCUUUAUGAUUGGCACUAUGUACAUUCGGACCAACGACUCCCUUACUCAGAGAGACCAAGUCCCGAUGCUUUUCUAUGUGCAGGCAUUCCUGGUAUUCAUGGCUGUAGCCGUGCUGCCAUUCUUCGAUGAGAUACGUUCAGUGUUUGCUCGAGAGCGAGCUAAUUCCAACGUUAACGUGGCGGUGUUCGUCAUUGCCAACUUCCUCGCUUGCCUUCCGGGCAUCGCUCUUAUCGCAGUGGUCUCGUCUGGCAUGGUUGUUGGCUUGGCUGGACUCAACGCUUUUGGCUGGUUUUGCCUCAACUUGUUCCUCUCGAUGGUUGUCUCGGAAUCGCUCAUGAUGCUGCUGGGUGCUGCCACUCCUCAUUACAUCAUUGGUAUCGCUCUAGGUGCCGGUAUCUAUGGUAUGUUUAUGUUGGUGUGCGGCUUCAUGGUCCCGGCGGACCGCAUACCCGCAGGCUGGAAGUGGGUUCAUCACUUGGCAUUCCACACGUACGCGUUUGCUGCAUUCAUGUUCGCUGAGUUCGAUGAUGCUCCACCACUUGGGGACCUCAUUUUAACUGAGUAUAACCUGGAAGACACUGACCUCGGUUUGAAUAUGGUCAUACUCGCCAUAUGGACAGCGGUGCUCCAACUGUUCUUCUUUGCCGCCCUUUACUACUUGCAUACAGGUCGAAGAUGA